AUGUGUCCCUCCUGCUCCGGCUGCAACGGAAACCUCCCCAAUGGCAACAAUGGCAACACUCAACCACUUGCGAAUGGCUCGUCCAACCCUCCAACCCAUGGCAUGACCAAUGGAAAUGAACCUACACGAGAAGCCCCUCGCCGCAACUCCCGACGCCAACCAUUCGACCCAGUCCAAGACUACCUGUCCAAUGUCUCGAAUUUCAAGAUCAUCGAAUCUACCCUAAGAGAAGGAGAACAGUUCGCGAAUGCCUUCUUCGAUACGGAGACGAAGAUUCGAAUAGCCAAGGCAUUGGAUGCUUUCGGUGUUGAAUACAUCGAAUUGACAAGCCCCGCAAGCUCCAAGCAAUCGUACGAAGACUGCAAGACAAUAUGCAAUUUGGGACUGAAGGCCAAAAUCCUAACGCAUGUACGGUGCAACAUGGACGACGCAAGAUGUGCAGUAGAAACAGGAGUCGACGGUCUCGAUGUUGUCAUUGGCACAAGUCCACAGCUGAUGGAGCACUCCCACGGCAAAUCCAUGGAAUACAUCAAGAAUACCGCGCUCGAGGUCAUAUCGUACAUACAGAGCCAAAACCUUGAAGUGAGGUUCAGCUCAGAGGACUCGUUCCGAUCAGACUUGGUCGAUCUCCGGAAGCUGACUCCAAUUGAUCAAGAUAUCGAGACACACAUGCACAACGACACUGGCUGCGCAAUCGCGAAUAGCUUAUGUGCGCUGGAGGCCGGCGCAACACAUGUUGACACAUCUGUGCUCGGUAUCGGCGAAAGAAAUGGCAUCACUCCUCUUGGUGGAUUCGUCGCUCGAAUGUUGACACUAGAUCGCGAAUACGUCAAGGGGAAGUACAACUUAGAGAAGUUGAAGCCGCUUGAGGACCUCGUAGCACACGCUGUCGAAAUACAUAUUCCUUUCAACAACUACGCGGGCAUCCACGCCAAAGCCAUCCUAGCAAAUCCGACUACUUAUGAAGUGAUCAACCCAGCCGAUUUCGGAAUGACCCGAUAUGUGCAUUUCACGUCGCGUCUCACAGGAUGGAAUGCGAUCAAAUCUCGCGUUGAGCAGUUGGGGUUAGAGAUGACAGAUGCCCAGAUCAAGCAAUGCACCAGCAAGAUCAAAGAAAUGGCAGACUUGAGAUCUCUAGCAAUCGAAGACACAGACGCAAUCAUUACAGCAUUCUACGAGAACCUUAACGCAGAAGAGGGCAAGGAGAAGCCACUCUUGGACGACCUGACAAGCGCAGAGCAGGAGGAGCUGGCGCAAAAGGAGGCAGAGACACACGCAGAGCCGGAAGCGAAGAAAUUGGACGAAUUGGUCCAUGCGCAGACGAACAUUAUUGCGGAAAAGAGCAUGAAUGGGAUCAAUGGGCACGAUCUCGUGGAUGGGUUGAAUGGAUUUGGUGACGAGCUCACCCCUGCAUACAACGUGGCUGCACAGUUGAAUGAGUUGAACCCAACAAGAGACUCAUGGUCUCUCGACAAUGGGAAGGCCGCUCUGGUAAUAUCUCGCAAGGAAUAUCAAAUUGGUAACAUCCUCGGUAUCCCUUGCGUGCUCUACAAGUUGUACCCAUCAUCAAUGGAUACAACAGGCGAGAUAUCUUCUCCAUUCUUAGCCAUCACCCAGAUCCUACCAGCGAUUCAUCAGCAUCUUCAAGGACGUAUCAAGUCUCAUCUAUCGAAGGAGGUUGUCGUCCGCAACCAAUGGGUCCCUGAUGAGCUCGCCAAGUCAAUCAACGCACCAGGAGCAGCAACGAUGACCAAGUCUGCCCUCCUAGGCCAAAAGGCAGCGUCGAAGUUCGAUGGCCUCGUCAUCGAAGGCUUUUGGCGCUUUGUCCACGAGAAAGACUUCAAGAUGGGACCAUCACUCGUUCCACCACAUCCUCCAAUCAUUCCGGUCAUGCGGCCGCCCGAUGCGAAGAUCGAGGCUCAGCAAUGGAAGACGUAUGCGUCUAUGGGGGCAUUGAUAGCUUUGACGGUCUUGAUAACGGGCACAAGACUCGUGCUUCGCUUGACGAAGAAGGAGCUGAGAUGGGGCUUGGACGACUGGGCUGUUAUUGUCGGGGCCUUGUUUGUGGUAUCUUAUGGGGCUACCUGUAUAUCGGCAGCGACAUUAGGCGGUGGUGGAAAACAUAUGUGGGAUGUCACUCACGAGGAGUAUGAUUAUUGGACUUCUACUCACGGCGUCGCUCCUACCGUCUUCUUCGUCGGCCUUGGCUUCGUCAAAAUCAGCAUCUGCCUCUUCAACCGCCGCCUCACGGGCCUCACGUCCCGCAAGUGGUCCAUUUACCACUACACCCUCCUAGUCCUCCUCUCUCUCUAUAUUCUUUCCGUCAUCCUCGGCAUGACGCUGAUGUGCAUGCCGCUCUGGACAUCCUACCGCCUCAGCGACAUCGGCGCCCGGAACUACACGACCAGCUGUGUCAACGCCACCCUCAUGACCGUCGUCUUCAGUUGGAUACACACCUCAUUCGACAUCCUGUUGCUGCCGGUCCCGCUCAUCGUCAUGUGGCGGCUGCGCCUCACCAAGUGGCAGAGAGUGCGGAUAUUCUUCCUUUUCAGCAUCGGGAGCAUGAGUUUCCUGGGCGCGAUUAUGAGGGCCACGCAUACGGAAUCUAACAGGAAAGAUGCGACUUUCGUCUUCGCCUACACAAACCGCUGGUCCAUCGUCGACGCCAUCUUCGGCGUCGCAGUCGCCUCCCUCCCAACCUUCAACGCCCUCCUCCCCGCGUCCUGGCGCAGAGGCUCCUCGAACGACCCCCACCCCCACCAGCGCAACGCUGUCCUCUUUGGCGCUAAUAAGGCGAGUUCUGCGGGCAGUGAUUCGCCUUCAAGGAGUGGUGGGGGAAGCGAAGGCUCGCAGAGGGGAGGCGAUGAGGAGCUAGGUGAGGUCAACGUGGGAGGUAGAUCGGAAUGGGGGAGGUGGGAGGAUAGGAAGUGGGCUACGGCAGGUAGUGGCGAGGAAAGGGGGAGAGGAGAGGGGGCAGUGGAGAGGAAAAGUAGUGCUGUCACCGCGGUGUUGCCGCCAUCGGUGGGGGAGCAGCCGAAUUGGGAUAAGUAUGCGCCGGGGUUUGGGGUUGCGAGAUGA